AUGCCUGCUUUAGAGCCCGACGGGAACGCGGGAGCUAUGGUCUGGGACAUGGGCUGGCCUUCGUGCUGGGGCCAAGGCUUUGCCUCGUUGCCCGCAGUCGGUGCCCUUUGCCUCGUGUUGAUGCAAGGCUUUCCGGGGCUAGUUGGCAACAACCUCACCAUGGAGUCAGACCAACUCAGCCUACCCAUUACGGUUGGCGGGGCCUCCGGCUGCGUCAUGAGCGCAGCUCUCACCGCCACCAGCCCCUCCAAGUACCCCAGGGCGAUUCUCGAGUUCGUCCUGCCCGCGCUCAUUGUGACCACGGCCUACGUUCUGUUGCUGACAGGUGGGGGUGAGCACCACACCACGGGCGACAAGAAGGGGGGAUCGCGACCCUCGACCACCAGGGGCAGCGACUACCUGUCCCUGCUCAUCCCACGGUAUGUGGGCCAAUCGCGCCGGGCAUUUAUCGGGAGCCUCUUGUUCUUCCUCACGUUCCUGGUUGCAGCAGCAGAUGCUGUGUGCCCGACGUGCGGCGGCAACCUCGCGUCGUGCGACUACGACACCUCCCAUACUUGCCCCGCCGCCACUGUCGUGGCUAACAACGCGAAAGUGCUCCUCGGCACGGCGGCGGUGAGCACCAUGACCAUCGCGAACCUGCUCCGACCACGGUUCCUGCGGGUCCUGGGAGGGGGAAUGCUGCAGCGCUUUGUAGCCCUGCACCGCCAACCCGAGAAGGGCACGACUUUCGAGAUCAAGCGGACCACAAAACCAUCCGAGGUGACGGCGGCAAUGCAAACUGGGAGAAUCUCCCAGAUUGACGCGGCGACACAGAUCCAGCAAGUGAUCGAAGAGAUUGACCAGGCGAUCGACACGGCGGGGGACGACGCCGCAAAGGCGCUGCUCGAGAGGGAGAAAGAAAAGUGGACGGACUACCUGAAAGGGGGCUUCAAAUAUGUCACUUCAGCGACCGAGUCUGACGGCCUCAGUGGACCAGAGGGGACGAGCGUCACCGGUUCCAUGUCGCUGCUCUGGGCGAAUGUCUCCACGUUCAUCAGUCGGGGUGAGAGCUGCGAUCGCGCAGACGUCACCACCGUGACCGGAAAGGGAGGCGGCACCAAGGCUACCAUUGCCUAUGUCAAGACGGAGGCGGAGUUUGCGGCGUGUCUGAACCUGUUUGUCAUGUUGGCCAUCGCCGUCUCUAUCCCGGCCAUCCCGCUGUGCGAGUUCAUCUACCUCGUCGUGCACGACUCUGUGCUCCGUCGGGAUCGCACCUGGCAAUUUGCGGUCGUCCUGCUCGUCGUCUACCUGCGCAAGAUCGAGGAGUCGGGCGGACGGAUUACACUGGCCAAGGCAACAGAAGAGGUUCACACCGCCGCCAUGUACGAGGAGGCCGAGCGAGUGAUGCCAAAACACUAUCCCGGGGUCGCAUUUUUUCGUACACGCGGGGGGACCCCGCGGGCCGAGGGGCCACCAGCUACGCCACCAUCUACGCCGAGCCCUGCUCCCCGUGUGGGGGGUGCUGGCCCGAGCAGCGUCAAGAAGCCAUACAAUGGCAAGUUCACUCCUGGAGGCAGGACGUGCUCGGCUUUCAACGUGGGUCGCGAGCACCAGGCGAGGGAGCUUUUCGCCGACGGCACCUGCAAAUUCGACCACGUCUGCGACCACUGGGUCAACAACAAGGGCAAGGCGGGGCAGUGCCGCAACAGCGCGGGCACUCCAGGCCACAGUCGUGCUACUUGCGACAACCCCCACGGUUGCGACAAUGCUCUCCCGUGA